AUGAAUGAUGUGUUUUCCUUGUUUCCUUUCUGUCCAUAUUCUUCAGCUUUUGCAGGACAAAGGAACCUUGAUUUAAUACCCGCAGCAAAUACUUACGUCCAGGACUCCAGAAUGAGGAACUUCGCCUCAACUUUCCAGACGAUGUUCUACUUGCUCAUUUUGAUCAUCAAAGGAUUAAUGUCUUCUGUUCUUUUCUCCCAGAUUCUAGGCUUAGCAUGGCCCGCAGUUCUUGUGGGAUGGGUUGCUCAAAGUGCUAGUCCUCUGCAGAUUUUUAGGCUAUGGUAUAGCUGGGCAGCAUGGGCCACUAUGGUGUCCCAAGUCGUUGCAGCCUUUAUGAUGAUUGACACUCUGAACAAGAAAUGCUACAAUGCAUUAGCAAUAUCUGUUCCGAUGUUUGAUGGUCUUUUGCGCAUACUUGGGCUUGCUGCUCCAGUGUUUAUUACCAUGACCUCAAAGCUAAUCAGGUUGUUGGCUGCUCUUGUUGCAGUUUUAGUGUAUUUUCUCUUGGUCAUGAGUCAAGUAUUUGGCAUGUGUGGUGUGUGGGGCGAGCCUAUCUCUCAAACUGCUCAAUCUUUUUUGCCUGAGCUAAUAUAUGGAUCCAGUCGAAAUUUGUCAAAGGUUGGUGAUAAUGUAGACUUAUGUUUGUUUGUGGCAUCCUUCCAGUUGUUCUAUAUGCACGGGGUGUUGCUACCAUUCUUUAUUGCGUUGGCUGUGACGCCUUGCAACCACAACCUAGAAGGGACAUUGAUGAUCUCGUCGGAGAACCAGACGGCGGCGGCGGGGGUGGUGACGGCGACAUCGGCGGGUAUUGUGGAUACGAGCGCCGCGGUUAAUUAUGACGAUCUGAAUAAUAACCAGCAGAAGAAUGUGUUGUCGCUGGAUCUCAAUUUGCCGGCGCCGGAUGAUCUCGACGCCCACCAGCAUCACCGUGCAGAGCAGUCUCCGUCGAAGUUCCAGUUCGCGUCGAAGCAAUCGACGAAGGCGAUGAUGUUCUCGGCUCCGGCGUUGGUUGGGUGCCACUACUGA